CGCCUCGUCUCAGGCGCGUCCUCUCUGGUCUCGAAUGAAUGUGUGUUGACAUAGUCACGGCCCAGUCAACACUGCGGGACGUGGAAGGAGCUCCCGCUACUCCAAGCAAGAAUUCUGUGAGUUCUUGCUCAUAGUCUCGCUCAGCCGCGACUAUCGCCCACCAGUUCUUCUCGCGGUGCCGCCGCAUCAGACCCUCCUAGACGGUUCGGUCGCAUACACGCAACCCUUCGGGACUCGACUUUGCAUGUCUUGUUCGUGCCCUUUCCGUUGUUCCUCCGUGCAUUCCACGACCUCCGACACGUCCAGUCUCCGCAACGACCUCGAUUGGGGAGUUGCGCCCAGCGAAGCUCCGUCUAGCCACACGGCGAACGCAGCCCAAGCGCUCCGUGGGGAUGCGGUAUCGCUCUGGGACGUCUCCUCGGUAUUCAGCACGGAGUGCUUCCCGCGCUUUUGGCAGGAGCGUCGCGCUGUCGAGAAGAUAGACAGCCGUCCGUCGAACUCGCAUUCCCAGGUACUGCGUCACGCCUUCGUUGCAGCGCUGCGGCGAUCGGAGGCUGCACCCAAGAGGUUCGCGAUUCUCAAGACCUGUACGCUCGUGCACCAGAAGCUCCGCAGUGCCGGCCCGAGGCCGUUCCUCCGCUCACCUGCGCCAUUGAGCCGCAGGUGCUUCAGUUGUCGUAUGCAGUGUCCUCGCCAUCAAGCGCGACGCCGAUCCACAGCACUUUCCCCUUGCUGUUCUCGCCCCAUCGACGGCACGCAAUUGCGUCGGUGCAGGAUGCGCGUCGCGGUUUGCUUGGAUCACCAACGCAUGUGGGUUCAAUGUGCACGCGCAUGCGGUUGGUACGAGCCCGGUCGCUGCCCAACGCUAGGUUUCGGGCCCCUCAUCCGUGGAUGUCUGCUACCCAUCGAGGUAGUGCCACGCCUGUUACGGCCUUGAGCCGAGCAACCCGUGGGAGUCAUACAAUCCUCAAAUAUCGCGGCUGUGCGCACCAGAAGACUGGUGUGUAUGCGCGGUACCGAAGUCUAGAUGGGCGAUACUAGAAGGCGGAAGAUGCGGCGAUAUCUUCGUUG